AUGGGCUCUACUCCUCCUGUCUGCGAGUUCACAAACAAGGAUGAGCCUGUAGAGAAUCAGCGUCGGCGCAAAGUCCGGGUUAUUGGAGCCGGGUAUUCGGGCAUCUAUCUUGCAUGCGCUUGCGAUACCCCUUCACAUAGCUAUCAAUACUCUUUCAACCCGAACCCUGACUGGUCUUCGUUCUACGCACCACAGCAGGAAAUAUGCGCCUACUUACAGCGUAUGGCUGAUAAGUAUGGUAUUAUGCGUUUUGUCGAGCUGUCGCAAGAGGUCAUUACUUGCAGGUGGGAUGAGGGGGCUAAGAAAUGGUUCGAGUCGACUAUAUAUUUCCCAGCUAUAUGA